AAAUAAUAUAAUAAAUCUGAAAAGUGAAAAAAUAAUAAAAAGAAGCUUCCAAUAAAUUUCAAACAAGUGAAAGUGUCAGAAACACCUAGAAACACACACAAAAUAUUUUUCAAAUAAAACGUCAAAGUAAACUACUAGGUGGGCGGUAAAUUUCACGCCACAUAAAAAUUAAAUCGCACAUCAAGUGCUCGUAAAAGUGUGCCACAAAUAAAGCGCAAAACACAAGAACAAACCCAAAACAGUGGAAAUAAUUUAGCAAUUUUUCGUAACACCACCAAAAUCAAGCAUUUUACGAAGCACAUACCCACCCACUAGUUUAUUGUGCUAACCAAUCGUCGCUCCUGAUGCCAAAGUGAAGUUAAGCGAGUUCUUCAAAGCUAUAAAAUCGAAAACUAACACUACGCAUUUAAAGCGCACACAAAGCAAGAAAGCAGCGCCUACGCAUUACCCCAAAACUGGCAGCAAAUCUACUUCGUUUACUUUCCGUACCACCAACGCAAGCAUACUUUAAUUUAGGUCUACCCAGUGUAACUGUAUCUUACUGUGUGUCAUAAUUGCCGACAGCUCCGUCAUUGUUUGCGCUACUACAUUAACGAGGAGCACAAAUCUGCACUGCUCAAGUCCCUACAAACCGCCCAAGCGUUCAACCAAUCAAGCCAACCGUUUAGUGCCUCCGAACAAAGCAUAAAAUAAAGUAAAUGAACACAGUUAACUAACUGUUUGAUAGUGCAACAUCUUCAACACAACUCUAAAUUAUUUCGACACGCGCUCUGUCACCCCGCCAACACAUUUCGUUGCUUAACGCCACCUAUAAUCCUACGUCGCAUCGCCGAAAUUUUUUGGUUUUAUUUGAAAUUUUAUUGAACACUCGAAUUUUGUCUUCGCGCGUUACUUCGUUUAUUUUUACGACGUCUAGAUCAUCUGCUGUUGCCAAUAAAACAAAAACAACAUUUAUGGAAAACAAAAGCAACUUAGAAAUUGCAUUCAAUAACGGGAAUAUUUUUAUAAAAAGCAUUGCAGUUGAAUUAAGACUGAAAGGAGACUAACUGUUACAAGAGCGAAAAACACAAAAAAAAAUUACUAAGAAAAAGGGAAAUCGCUGUAACUUUAUUGAGGAAACUAAAAACGAAUCAGCAGUGUUGUUUUUUCUUCUAAACUGCACACACACACAUGCGCAAAAGCACAACGGUGUCCAAAACACGCACACAUGCACGCCUUAAUUAUGUUGCUGCACAAUGUCCACACCGUUGGGCGACGACACCACCACAAGUAAAUCAGCACCAGACACGCAACAACGUGCCACAAUCACAACAACCACAACAAUAAACACUUGCGAACAGCAUGCCAACAUGAACACCACUGCAGCAACUGCUGUUAUUGCAACGAGCGCAACUGCAGCCACAAUAACAGCAACAACACGCCACACUAACCACAUACUUAACCACCACCACAACCAACACCACCAACAACAACAACAUGAGCAACAACAAUCCUCACAGCAACAGUCAUAUUGCACGCCAAUCGAUGUUGUUGAUGGUAAUGUUGUUGCAAUUGCAACAACAACAUCGGGUGUGGUAGAUUGCUGGCAAACACCACAGCAACAGCAAGCACAACAACAACAAUUGCUUCUGCCACAACGACAACAACAGCAGCAGCAACAGCAUGCGCCGGGCAACAACAGCAGCAGCGGCGGCAGCAGCAGCAAUCCUUCGAGCAGUCAUUUUGUUUGCUAUUUGCCCGUGCUAAAGCCCGAUGUGGUGCUCAGCGAUCGCGGUCUAUUUACCGUUUAUUGUUUUGUCAAAGAUUUCGUUAGGUAA